ACAGUUGAACUCAGCGGGUUUUUUUUCUUUUCUUUCCACUUCGUCACUGACAGCAGUCUCCUUCCGAGACUGGAGCAGGCUGAGGAAGUGACGUUUCGGCGAAAAUCCUCACAUCCGAAAGUUCUCAUUAACUAUAAUGUUUUCUGUAACUCUGAGGCGCGUUCUUUGAUGGAUUUAUAUUGUUUGUGUAUGUUUUCUAUUAUGCCAAUCUUUCUUGGCUUUGCUGUGCCUUCAUGACCGUGUUAGAAUCUGGUUCCUGAACAGUGACGUCACAGCCAACAUGGCGGUGGUUCAGAAAACUCGCUGGGGGACGUUUGAAAAAUCACAAUUUCAUUUCACUUCUAUUUUAAAGUUGUUUAUCGGCGGAUGACAGCAGUAUGACGACAACGUUUUAUGAACAGCGUGAUUUCGUUAUUGUUUUUUUUCAAACUUUUUUGGUGUCAUGAGCACUUUAAACCACCUGAUCCAAACAUAACCUGGCGUUUGGUGGAAGUAAUAGUGCAAUUUGGCUUAUCAUACAGUUCUAAAGUGAGCAUUAUAAUGCUAAUAAAGUCAUAUCUACUUACUGAUUUGCUACUGAAUUACAUUAGACUCAGCAGGUGGAGCUACUCCACCGUGGGAGCUCCCGGGUGUGACGUCACCGUCAACGGCACUUUCACAUUGACUGAGCACCAGAUGCGGUUCCCAGGGAAACAAGACCGCAAACAUUUGCCGAAACGUCGUUAAUACGAUUUAAAAGACUCCAAAGCUUUAUACUGACACGGUAUACUAAUGCGGUGAAAAGUAAUGAUAGAAUACAUGUAUUUAUAAUCGCUGUGCAAGUAGCUCUAAAGUUAGUUGUACCAAAAAACGUGCGAAAUGAAUCGAGGCAAAAUUAUCAUCAAGAGAGUUGGAUUAAACAAGGCGGAAAAUAAGACAAACACGGUUCAGGGUCGUAACCUUAGCAGGGCUCAGCAGUAUAAGUUGGUGGCCCAGCGGCGCACCCACGAUGAACACAAGCAGCAGGAGGCCACGCGAGUGGACCGGGACCGGCAGAUGGUGGCCGCCGUGAAGGAGGAGGAGAACGUUGACAGGAAGAGAUUCCAACGACAGGUGCAGGAGGAGCAGAAAGAGAGGGCGAUAGAGAGUGCCAUAAUACAGGCCCAUACCGAGAGAAUAUUGAGGGGGAAGCAACAUGAACAAGAGGAGAGGCUAGCCAAAGAGCUGGCCCGUGUCAAUCAUGAGAGACAAAGAGAAGAAAAGAUGAGGCAGUACAUUAGAGAGAACAGCAUUGAACUGCGCGAAUUGGAGUCCAAGUUGAAGCUGGCCUACGUGAGCAAGGAGCAAGCUGCACAGAUGGCAGAGCAGGAAGCUAUGAAGUUGGAGACAAUGCGCGAGGAAGCAGAGUUUGACAGCAAGGUGCAGAGCGAGCGUGAGCAGGCAGCCAUUGAAGAGAAGAAGCUGGAACAGAAGAAACAAGAGGAUCAGCUUGAAUAUCAGCGAGAGCUCAGCCUGCAGCUCGUGGAGCGAGAGCGCAAAAGACAAGUGGCGUAUGAGGACUUCCUCAAGGAGAAGCUCAUGGUGGAUGAGAUAGUCCGUAAGAUUUAUGAAGAGGAUCAAAUGCAGCAGCAGUUGAAACUGGAGAGGGUGCGAGCCACCCAGCAGCACAUAGAGGAGUUCCAGAGGCAGCAGGCUGAGUGGCGGCGCUUGGAGAAGGAAAGGAUGGAAGAGGAGAACAGACGCAUCAAGGAGUUUGCCAGCAAGCAGCAGAAGUCUGCGGAGGACUGGAUGGCUAAGAUCAGAGAGCGAGAAGAAGCAAUACAACAUAUGAGAGAUACGCUCGCCGAGCAAAUUAGAGAGGAGAACCGACAACGUGAAGAGAUGGAGAGGAUCCGCCAGGAGCUUUGUCUUGAAGAACAAGAAGAGGCAUACAGGAGGCAAGAAAUCGAAGACAUGGAGAGGAACAUAAGGCAGAGGCUGUUGUUGCAGAGGACCUGCGCGGAACAAAUGGCUAUGAAGGAGAUGCGUCGGCAGGCUGAGAAAGAGGAAGAGGAAGCUUUUCGCAAAAUGAUGAUGGAUAAGUUUGCAGAGGAUGACCGCAUAGAGCAGAUGAACGCCCAGAGACGACGCAUGAAGCAACUGGAGCACAAACGUGAGGUGCAGAAACUGAUAGAGGACAGACGGCGACAGCGUGAGGUUGACAAGGAGAUGAACGCUAAAGAGAUUGCGAUGGAGCAGGAGAGGGAGGCGUUUGUCAGACAGAUCAUCGAAGAGGAGAGGCAACAACUUCUCAAACGACACGCAAAUAAACUUCUCGGACACCUACCGAAGGGGUUGCUUCGCGAAGACGACCUGAAGCACUUUGAUGAAGACUUCAGAAAAAACUUCACGAUACGUCAGGCAGCUAACUCAGCAAAUGAUGGCGGAGAUGAUUGAAUGUUCAACUUUUAUUUGAAGUUACAGACAUUACAAUCGUGAUGGCUGGUCCUGAUCCGAUCAUGACCAUUUCGCCUUAUUAGCCGCAUGCAGGAUAGGAAACAGAUCUCAUGUUUUGUAGUGCAGUUAUACAGUAAUCUCUCGUUUAUCACGGUUUAACUGGUUCCAGACUUGGCCGCGACAAGUGAAUCAAGUUUCCGCGAAGUAGGACUCCUUUAGAAAUGGUUAGAAAUGGUAGUCAUGGCAUAGAAAAUCUGUUUACGAUCUUCUAUGUUCACAUUAUUAGAGCCAUCUAGACAUGAAAUACCACCCGUUUAGUCACCUUUACAUUCACAUUACCCAAUAUAGUAGAUAUAAUCAGAGAAAAUAAGCCAUUUAAGAGUUUACCUUACAAGGGAGCAGAAUCAAUGGCAGACAGGAAGUGACGUCCGGGGUUCAGAGUUGAGUUUGAGCUUGUUGUGGGCUACGGCCACUACAGUAACUCAUGUUAUUAUUAUGAUUGAUUAUUAUGUUCUGUUAUUCUUAUUGUGCCUGUUGUGAGAUCAUUUAAACCUACAAUAAAAGCCAGUUGUUGAAGUCUGGUGCUUCGGUGGUGGUCUCCCCGAAGAAUUGCUGACACCUAGUGACCAAUGUAGAAUACUACAUUUACAAGUUGUGGUCUUAACGGCACAUACUGUAUUUGUAUUUUAGCGCAUUUAGCCAUUUUAUGCUUGAAAAUGCUUAAUUUGGGCAAAAAUAUGUACAGUUGGUUUAAAUAUGGCUAUUUUCUUGACUGAUAAUCGGCUAUAGUCAACCAGGAAACAUUGUUUGAAAAUAUGACUGAGAGAUUGAGGGACGACUGUACAUCUAUACAACCAUAAUAAUACAAAUAUUGUACCAUUAAUCUCACGC